AUGGACAUGCGCAAACUCACCCACGCCAUGAACUCCGCCCAACGCACCGGCAACUCCUCCGAACCCCUCUCCCUCACCGAGCUCCCCCCCAGCAUCCUAGACGCCCUGGUCCCCGGCUACAGCCUCAUCUCCCGCUACAUCCACGCCUUGACAGGAAUCGACAUCUCCUUCUUCGUCUCCAUCGGCCUCAUCCUCUUCGCCGUGAUCAAAGGCGGACAAUUCCUGUACAGCAGAGGCUCCCGCGCGUUUCGCUACUUGUUCCUGUCCUCGGUGUAUAUCAAACAGCACGAUGAUUUGUUCGAUAUGACGCUUGAUUGGAUGGCGAAGACGCAGAUCUCGACGUCCAAACGCAGGGCGACGGCGAAGACACAGCGGGGGCCCAGGGCGCAGAAUGAGUUUGAGGCGACGGAGGCGAAUGCGCUGAGUGAGGAUGGGUUUUUUGAUUUUCAGAAAUGGUCAGCGAGAGUGCCGCCGCGGUAUGAACCGUAUUAUGGACGGCAUUUUAUGUGGCAUAAUCGAAGAUUGUUCAUUUUCCAUCGCUCGAAGCGGUCGAAGCUGGAUUUGGGCUCGGGGUCGGGGUUGGGGAAGGUGGACGAGGAGGACAUGAUUCAGAUUGAUUGCAUUGGCAGGACGAUCGAGCCGAUCAAGGAGUUGCUGGCGGUGGCGAAGGUGUGGUCGUUGAACCGUCUUAGGGGGACGACUACGAUUCGGCAUCCGCUCCCUAAGGAAAGACAGCGGUUUGGCGGGCUGUGGAGUAAGUUGUCGGUGAGACCGAGCAGGCCGAUGCAGACGGUGAUUCUGGAUCGGGCGCAGAAGGAGAUGAUUGUGACGGAUAUGAACGAUUAUCUGCAUCCGGCGUCUCCGCAGUGGUAUGCGACGAGAGGGUUGCCGUAUCGGAGGGGGUAUCUCUUUCAUGGACCGCCCGGGACGGGAAAGACGUCGUUGUCGUUUGCGUUGGCGGGCAUCUUUGGGUUGGAGAUAUAUGUGAUUGGGUUGCAGGAGCCGAGUUUGACUGAAGGAGAUUUGAUGGCGCUGUUCAACAGCCUUCCGCGGCGCUGCGUGGUACUUCUCGAAGACGUCGACGCAGCAGAGGCAGCAAAAUCACGAAAGCUGGAAGGUCAAGGCGAAGGACCGAAAGGCAAAGGCAAAGGCGGCAAAGGCAACAACAAGAAGAAAGGCGAGAAAGCCAAGCAGAACGGUAAAGCGAACGGCGACGUGAAUGGUGAAGUCAAUGGCGACGUAAAAGAAAACGGCGACGGUGCGAAUAAGAAAGGCGCGAAGGAUGAAGAGUUCACGCUGAAGGAUCUGGCGAAGGAGCUGAAGGCACUGAACAAGCAAAAGCCGAAGGAUGAAGGCAACCAGGCUAGUAACCAAGGCCAAGGCAAUCAAGGCGGUCAGAGUGCGAACCGCUCUUCUGGGUCUGGCAUUUCUUUAUCGGGUUUGCUGAAUGCGAUUGAUGGUGUGGCGAGUCAUGAAGGACGAGUCUUGAUCAUGACAACCAACCAUCCGGAACAGCUUGAUGCUGCGCUGAUAAGACCGGGACGGGUGGAUCGCAAGAUCGAGUUCACGUAUGCGAUGCAGGAGCAGAUUCGCGAGUUGUUUGUGCGGAUGUAUUCGGGUGUUGAUCCUGCGGAGAUUAUGAGGGAGAUUGAUGAGAAGGUCGCAAUGAACGGGACGGCGAACGGGCAUCUGGAUGAGAAGAAGGAGUUGUCGAAUGGGAAUGCUGAGAAGAGCAAGAAAGUUGUUCUCGAGCAGCUGGCAGAGGAGUUCGCCUCGCAUAUCCCAGACGCGACGUACACGCCUGCGGAGAUCCAGAAUCAUCUCAUGCGGUACAAAGACGAGCCGCGCAGGGCUGUCGAGAAAGUCGACGACUGGAUCCAAGAGCAAACGAGCGAGAAAGAGCGCCAACAGCCACAGGCGGCGGGCGACGACGACGACGAUUCCUCAGAAGAAUAG